GCUAGAGCCGGAGCGGGCGGGGGGGACAUGGGGCGGCAGUGGCGGCGGCGGAGGCUGGAGGAGGCGGGCGCGGACGAGUCGGCGGCUGCAGCAACAGCGACAGCCCCCGGAGCCCUCUUGUGAAGCGCCCUUGUCUGCGCCGCCCCAGGUCCCUGGGAGAGGGAGGCCGCCGAAGAGCCGGUCCCCCGCUAAUAUAGCCUUUAGGACUCUCGGUCCCAUCCUCGCUCUCAUACUCCGGCUCCUCCAUCUUGGCCUCGGCAGUGGCGGCUGCCGGGAGGAUGUGCCGCCUUCUGGCAGGGGGAAGAAGGAGAAGAUGAAGAAGUACCGGCGGGCCUUGGCCCUGGUCUCCUGCCUCUGUUUGUGUUCCCUGGUGUGGCUUCCCAGUUGGCGUGUAUGUUGUAAAGAGAGUUCUUCAGCUUCAUCCUAUUACUCUCAAGAUGACAAUUGCGCACUAGAAAACGAAGAUACACAGUUCCAGAAAGAGGAUGAAAGAGAGGGACCUAUCAAUGCCGAAUUAACAGAAAAAGUGGGUUCAAAUUUACCUAUUCCUCCAGAAGAACAUAAAUUAAAAGAUGACUACAUUGUGGAUGUGCAAAAUAAGGAAUCAAAAAAGUUAAGCCCACCUGUAGUUGAGACACUCCCUACAGUUGAUCUACACGAAGAUUCUUCCAGUGUGGUUGUGAACAGUGAAAACAUUGAAAAUAUUUCUGGCUCAUCUACCUCAGAGAUCACUCCAGUCUCAAAGCUUGAUGAAAUAGAAAAAUCUGGUACUAUCCCUAUAGCCAGGCCAACUGAAACUGAGCAGUCUGAGACUAAUUGUGGUGACGGUGAGGCCCUUGAUGCAAAUGCUCCAGCAGAACAACCUUCCUUUGUCAGUCCACCUGAAAGUCUUGUUGGCCAGCAUAUAGAAAAUGUGUCAUCCUCACAUGGCAAAGGAAAGAUAACAAAUUCAGAAUUUGAAUCAAAAGUUUCAGCAAGUGAACAGGAUGGUGGUGAUCCAAAAUCUGCAUUGAAUGCUUCAGAUAAUUUAAAAAAUGAGAGUUCUGAUUAUAAAAAUCCAGGAGAAAUUGACCCUUCAUCUGUAGCAAGUCCCAAAGAUCCAGAAGAUAUUCCAACAUUUGAUGAAUGGAAGAAAAAAGUUAUGGAAGUAGAAAAAGAAAAAAGUCAGUCUAUGCAUCCAUCUUCUAAUGGGGGUCAGCAUGCCACCAAAAAGGUCCAGAAAAAUCGAAACAAUUAUGCCUCCGUAGAAUGUGGUGCCAAAAUUUUGGCAGCUAAUCCAGAAGCCAAGAGCACAUCUGCUAUUCUUAUAGAAAAUAUGGAUCUUUAUAUGUUGAAUCCUUGCAGCACUAAAAUUUGGUUUGUUAUUGAACUUUGUGAACCAAUUCAAGUAAAACAGCUUGAUAUUGCAAAUUAUGAAUUAUUUUCUUCUACUCCUAAAGAUUUUCUGGUUUCUAUCAGUGACAGAUAUCCCAUAAAUAAAUGGAUUAAGCUGGGUACUUUCCAUGGUAGAGAUGAGCGGAAUGUGCAGAGUUUCCCUUUAGAUGAACAGAUGUAUGCAAAAUAUGUGAAGAUGUUCAUCAAGUACAUAAAGGUGGAGUUUAUAUCACAUUUUGGAUCAGAACACUUUUGUCCAUUAAGCCUCAUAAGGGUGUUUGGUACUAGCAUGGUGGAAGAAUAUGAAGAGAUUGCUGAUUCCCAGUAUCAGUCAGAACGUCAAGAACUAUUUGAUGAGGACUAUGAUUAUCCACUAGAUUAUAAUACUGGGGAGGAUAAAUCCUCAAAAAAUCUUCUUGGUUCUGCUACAAAUGCCAUUCUAAAUAUGGUGAAUAUUGCCGCUAAUAUUCUGGGAGCAAAAACUGAAGAUCUGACAGAAGGAAAUAAAAGUAUAUCUGAGAAUGCCACUGCCACAGCUGCACCUAAAAUGCCUGAAUCAGCUCCUGUUUCAACUCCUGUUCCAUCACCUGAGUUUGUAACCACUGAAGUACAUAUACAUGAAAUAGAGCCAUCAACACCGGAUACAGCAAAAGAGAGUCCCAUUGUACAACUGGUUCAAGAGGAAGAAGAGGAGACAAGUCCAUCUACAGUGACCCUUCUGGGCACUGGUGAACAGGAAGAUGAAUCAUCACCUUGGUUUGAGUCAGAGACACAAAUAUUUUGCAGUGAACUGACCGCAAUUUGUUGCAUUUCUAGUUUUUCGGAAUACAUAUAUAAAUGGUGUUCAAUUAGAGUUGCCCUUUAUCGGCAACGCAGCAGAACUGCUGUGAGAAAAGGAAAAGAUUAUCUUCUGUCACCUCAACCACCAUUAAUGCUUCCCACAGAAUCAGUGGACAGUUCAGUAUUGCAACCUCCGAGUGGAGAAUUGGACAGUAAGAGUAUGGAAAGGGACACUGAAACUGUUGUUCUAGAUGACUUAAGUAGCAUGCACCAAAGUGAUUUGAUCAAUCACACUCUCCAUGCAAUGGAACUUGAACCGAGCCAUCCUCAAACUCUUUCUCAGUCUCUUCUCUUGGAUAUCACUCCAGAAAUCACUACAUUAUCUAAAAUAGAAGUAACUGAGUCUGUUAAACAUGAAACAGGACAUACACCAUCACAAGUAAUUCCCCAAGAGAGUUCUGUUGAGGUUGAUAAUAAAACAGAAAAGUCUGAGAGUUCUAGUUCUAUAGAGAAGCCAUCUGUGAUCUAUGCAACAAGUAAAGUUAAUGAAUUAACAGAUAAUAUUGUAAAAGAAGACAUAAACUCCAUGCAAAUUAUCACAAAGCUAUCUGAAACAAUAGUGCCACCUAUAAACACAGCCACCGUGCCAGACAGUGAAGAUGGGGAAGCCAAAAUGACCAUAACUGACACACCAAAGCAAAUUUUGACUCCUGUUGUGGAUUCUUCUUCAUUACCUGAAGUGAAAGAGGAAGACCAGUCCCCAGAAGAUGCUCUUUUGGCUAUUCCUGGAUCGAGUGGGUUACAAAGGACAGCUACAGAUUUUUAUGCUGAAUUACAAAAUUCUACAGAUCUAGGAUAUGCUAAUGGAAAUCUUGUACAUGGGUCAAACCAAAAGGAGUCAGUAUUUAUGAGACUUAAUAAUCGGAUUAAAGCCUUAGAAGUUAACAUGUCUCUCAGUGGUCGCUAUCUGGAGGAGCUUAGCCAAAGGUACCGAAAACAAAUGGAAGAAAUGCAGAAGGCUUUCAAUAAAACAAUAGUAAAACUUCAGAAUACUUCAAGAAUAGCAGAGGAGCAGGAUCAGCGGCAAACUGAAGCCAUCCAGAUGUUACAGGCACAGCUCGCCAACAUGACACAGCUUGUUUCAAACUUGUCAACAACUGUGGCAGGGUUAAAACGGGAGGUUUCAGAUCGACAAAGCUAUCUUGUCAUAUCUUUGGUUCUCUGUGUUGUCUUGGGACUAAUGCUUUGUGUGCAGCGUUGUCGAAACACUUCUCAAUGUGAUGGAGAUUAUAUUUCAAAACCUCCUAAAAAUAAUCAGUAUCCAAGCCCUAAAAGGUGUUUCUCUUCCUACGAUGAUAUGAAUUUGAAAAGAAGAACUUCAUUCCCACUCAUCAGAUCCAAGUCUCUACAGUUAACUGGCAAAGAAGUAGACCCAAAUGAUUUGUAUAUCGUAGAACCCCUCAAGUUCUCGCCAGAAAAGAAGAAGAAACGCUGCAAGUACAAAACUGAAAAAAUUGAGACCAUCAAGCCAGCAGAUCCAUUGCACCCUAUAGCUAAUGGAGACAUAAAAGGAAGGAAGCCCUUUACGAACCAGAGAGAUUUUUCUAAUCUGGGAGAGGUUUAUCACUCUUCCUAUAAGGGUCCUCCCUCUGAGGGAAGCUCAGAAACGUCAUCACAGUCGGAAGAGUCCUAUUUUUGUGGCAUUUCAGCUUGCACAAGUCUGUGCAACGGACAGUCCCAAAAGACAAAGACUGAGAAGAGGGCUUUAAAACGAAGGCGAUCUAAAGUCCAAGACCAAGGAAAACUGAUAAAAACUCUAAUACAGACUAAGUCAGGAUCACUGCCGAGCCUGCAUGACAUAAUCAAAGGAAACAAAGAGAUCACCGUGGGAACAUUUGGUGUUACGGCAGUCUCGGGACAUAUCUGAAAUUAAUGGAACUUUUCAUACUGGAGACUUUUUUGUUGUUCUUUGAAGAACAGUGUGUGGUAUUUGAAGGGGUUGAGGGAGGGAGAAGCUAUUAAUGGGAAACGUAUUCAGAAAUUAUGGUUUCUGCCUUUUUAAAAAGUAGAUGGGAUUGUGUCAGUCUUGGUUAAUGAGUUGCAGUUUUACAAGGCUGAUCAGUUCCUACAAUGACAAUGGUAGACAUUCUAUAAAGAUGUUUUUUCACAGAUUAAUUACUGGGACAAAAGUAAUUUGGAAGCCCAGUUCCUUGGCUGGGAUAGGAAUGAAAGUCUAAACCUCUUCCUUUAGCUUUGUUCCUAUUUCUUGCACCUUCCCAUAUUUAUGUGCCUUUUGUCUAUUUAUAAUGCCACUGGAAGAGGAGGGAGAACUUUUUCUGUCAUUUGAUUUCUUUUAUAACUUUGUUAGUAUUUUGGAAGCUGCAAACACUACAAGGCUUUAAGGUGAUCUGUGCCUGAAGCUUAGCAAUGUGGGUCAGACAGUAUAAAGAUCCUAGAAGAUUUGCCAAUUAGAUCUCUGUUUAGCAAACUCACUGGCAACGACCACCCGUUGGAAUUUUUAAGUUUUAUUUUUUUAGGUAAAUGGUAAUGCUGUUAGUAGUAUUUUUAUUUAACUCAUUUGGAUUGGGUUACUUUUUCCUUAGUUACUAACUUAAUGAGAAAAAAACCACCGUACAAGAUCUUUUCUUGCAAAUGACUGGCUUUGCAAACAAAUUUUUGAUAAAUUCACCUUUUAAAGACAUUUAGCCACUUGUAAAGGCUUUCUUUAGCUAUAUUACAUUUUAAGAAUUCACAGUAAACACUAAUCCUCCAAACUUUCAGAUCAUUUUUUUUCUAAUACAACAAAUACAAAGUUUGAAGGUUUGGCAAAUGAAUCUAGGUCUCAUAAUCACUGCCUACGUACAUAUGCACAGAAUCAGCUCGUGAGUUUGUCAAGCCUUGUCUAAUUGGUCAAAUCUGAAGGGAUUAUUCCUUGAUGUUUGCUUUGUAUUGGCUACAAAUGUGCAGAGGUAUACAUGUGUGAUGUCAGUGUGUCUGUCUGCAUUUUGUCUUUUCUUUUUUCCUUUUAAAAAAUAAUUGUCAUCGACUGAAUAAAAUGAUUUCUUAGUGUGUGAUUGUGCAGUAAUAAGUUAAAGUAGAACAUGUUUCUUUUAGAAAGUGUUGUUAAGACUUAAGUUAUAACUUAUUGAGCACUUUUAGUAAUAAUUGUUUAUGAACUUGUCGAAAACCUUUCUUGGCGUAUUGUUUGUAAUGUGACUUAUUUAAAGACUUUUUGUUUAAGUUGCUGCUUUUGUGUUGGGUUAACAGUAUGUUUUAGAUGAUUUAAUUUUUUUCCAGUCUGCACAAUUAGCCAUUCAGAGCAAGAGGGCUUGAUUGUAGCCCUCUUGAAAGAGGUCCAGUUUGGAGCAGAGGUAGAGCGGGAAGUUACGCCGUCUGUGUGCAGCAUCCAGUGUUGUGGAAAGAAGACUUACAACAUGUAACUACGAAGCUGUAGUGCCAUUAGAAACUGUGAAUUUCCAAAUAAAUCUGAACACUUGUCUUUAUUAA